GGCGGAGAAGGCGCCCGAGCAGGCGGUGCAGCAGGAGGACGAGGCGCGGCGCUGGCUGGAGGACUGCAGCAAGGAGACGGCGGCGGUGGCUCAUGCGGCGGCGCUGGCCAAGGCAGAGUGGCAGGCGGAACUCAAGGCGGAGCUCCAGCGUGCGGCGCCUGGCACAGCUGCGCCAGAUGCGACGCAGGUGCCAGCAGGUUCGCAAAUCAACCUGUCGCAGCUGCUCGCAGAUGGGAGCGGGUUCGACGCGGUCGAGAUCGUCGACCGAGAGUUUCUCGACCUCAGCGGCCUAGAACUUGAGGAGGUCGACCGGAGCAAGUGGCUGGAGCUCAACGGCAACGCGGCCAUGGAGCUCCGGGCCGAGUGCGGCGAAUAUCCAGAG